GGCAAGAUGGCUGCCGUCGAAGUGUCGUGGUGGGGGAACUUCGCGCCGGGACGGCGACGUCUAGACUGAGUCGGAGGCGAAGGAUCUUACUCCCUGGGAGCAUUCUCAAGAUAAUCUGCGUUGUUAUUUGUGGACAGUGACUGACUGCAGCGGUGUUUUGAAGCCUGGCUGUUUACUUGGGCCAAGUGAUUGCAUCAGCCAGGUUUUUUGUUGUAUUUAGGCCAUCCAGAAAAAGUGUCCAAGCUUUCAGUGUUGGGGCAGGUUUUCAUUCUAUACAAGUCCUUCCCGAUGGAACACGGCAUAAAAUCUGAGUCGUUGUUAGCAUUUGAAUGUGAUUGAAGCCUGGACAGCUUGGAAAAAAUUUCUGAAGAAAGAAAGUGAAGAGGAAAGAAGAAAUAUACAUCAGAGCUAUUGCCUAGGUAUGGAUGAGAAAGGAGACCCACGCAAUGAGGAAGCGCCCAAGGCCAUCAAGCCCACCAGUAAAGAGUUCAGGAAAACGUGGGGUUUUCGAAGGACCACCAUUGCUAAGCGGGAGGGUGCCGGGGACGCCGAGCCAGACACUCUGGAGCAGCAGCCCCGGCAGCAACAACAAAGCCUUUCCUUGCGACGCAGUGGGAGACAGCCAAAGCGGACCGAGAGAGUGGAAGAGUUUCUUACAACAGUCCGACGCAGAGGAAGGAAGAAUGUUCCCGUCUCCCUCGAGGACUCCAGUGAGCCAGCAUCUUGUCCAGUUACAGAUGUGGAAACGGCCUCUGAAGGGAGCGUAGAAAGCACCUCUGAAAUGAAAAGUGGGCCCAAAUCUAGUUCCAGAGGUGUUAAGGAACGAACAGCCUCCUCUGCAAAGGCCAAAGGAGGUGAUGACGAGGACGACACCUCUGAUAGCGACAGUGAUGGAUUGACUUUGAAAGAACUUCAGAAUCGCCUACGAAGAAAGCGAGAACAAGAGCCAGCCGGCAGGCCCCUGAAGGGUAUCCAGAGUCGCCUGAGGAAGAAGCGUCGGGAGGAGGAUCCGGCGGAAACUGUGGACGUAGAGGCAGGCGAUGCUGUGGGGAGCUCGCUGCCCGGCAUGCAGGAGCCUGAGGCUGCCCAGGGGGCUGUGACCCAGGCAGCGAAAGGCGACGGAGAGAGUCAGUUGGAAGGGAAAGCAGCUCAGGUAAUGAAAAAUGAAGAACCUGGAGACUCGGUCAGACACAAGCCCGAGUGUGAGGUUUACGACCCCAACGCUCUGUACUGCAUGUGCCGUCAGCCUCACAACAACAGGUUCAUGAUUUGCUGUGACCGAUGUGAAGAAUGGUUUCAUGGCGACUGUGUGGGCAUUUCUGAGGCUCGAGGGAGGCUCUUGGAAAGGAACGGGGAAGAUUACAUCUGCCCGAACUGCACCAUUCUGCAAGUGCAGGACGAGACGAACACAGAAAGCGCAGAGCAGCAGGACGCGAGAGUGAGACCUGCAGAUGCGGAUGGCACAGACUUUACAAGUAUAGGAACAGUAGAGCAGAAAUGUAGCGAGGACCAAGGAAUAAAGGGGAGAAUUGAGAAAGCUGCAAACCCAAGUGGCAAGAAAAAGCUCAAGAUAUUCCAGCCUGUUGUAGAGGCUCCUGGUGCCUCGAAGUGUAUUGGCCCUGGGUGUUCUAACGUGGCACAGCCUGACUCCGUUUACUGCAGCAGUGACUGUAUUCUAAAACAUGCUGCAGCUACUAUGAAGUCUCUAAGUUCGGGUAAAGAACAAAAGCCAAAAUCUAAAGAAAAGACCAAGACGAAGCCAGAAAAGCUCAUUCUUCCAAAAUGUAGCGUUCAGGCAGGCAUUAAAAUCUCUUCUGUGCACAAGAGACCGGCUCCAGACAAGAAAGAAAACACCACGAAGAAGGCGAUGGUGGCCCCUUCCAGGAGUGAGGUCCUUAUUAAGGAAACAACUUGUGAAAGCAGCACGCCGUCCUGGGCAAGCGACCACAAUUACAAUGCAGUGAAGCCAGAACAGACUGCUGCCCUCUGGCCGUCACUGUUGUAUAAAUCCGUGAAGGAGGACAGACGAGUGGAGGAGCACACGGCCACGGCGGCCGCAGCGCCCAAGAAGACAGCUCCUCCAGGCUCCUCAGUGGGCGGCAGACAGCCUUCAUCCAGGAAUCUAGUUCCAAAGAAGCCGCCUCCUUUUGCGAAUGUGGCAGCAGCCAAGUCGGCCAUCAAAAAGGCUCCCUCGGGCUUCAAGGGCACCAUCCCCAAGAGGCCGUGGCUCUCGGCCACCCCCUCGGGCGGCACUUCUGCUGCCAAGCAGGCAAGGCUGGCGCCUGUUGCUGCCACAGCUGCUUCCAAAAAGUUGCCAGGCUCUGCCCCUUUGGUGGGAGCCAUCAGGAAGCCGGUGGCGACCUCUGUUCCCUUGGCCUCUUCUACCCCAGGACGCCUGGGGACCUCAAGCCCCACUCCAUCACAGCCAAAUUCACAAAUUCGGCAAAACAUAAGACGCUCUCUGAAGGAGAUUUUGUGGAAAAGAGUCAGUGACAGCGAUGACUUGAUUAUGACGGAAAAUGAGGUCGGGAAGAUCGCCCUCCACAUCGAGAAGGAGAUGUUCAACUUGUUCCGAGUUACAGAUAAUCGCUAUAAGAGUAAAUAUCGCAGCAUCAUGUUCAACCUCAAGGAUCCCAAAAACCAGGGACUCUUCCAUCGUGUUCUGCGUGAAGAAAUCUCUUUGGCAAAACUUGUGAGAAUGAAACCAGAAGAACUUGUGUCUAAAGAGCUUUCCGUGUGGAAAGAGAGGCCAACAAAACCUGUGUUGGAGUCCCGACCUAAACUGCAUAAUGAAAGUAAGAAGACUGCCGCCAAACAGGAGACGGUUCCCGACAUGGAAGACUCCCCGCCGGUGUCAGACUCAGACGAACAGCAAGAGUCUAUACGAGCCGUCCCUGAGAAGAGCACAGCACCCCUUCUCGAUACCUUCAGCAGUAUGUUGAGAGACACCACGAGCCAGCACCGGGCGCAUCUCUUCGAUCUGAACUGCAAAAUUUGUACAGGUCAGGUUCCAUCAUCAGAAGAUGAACUAGCUCCGAAAAAACAAAAAUUGUCGGCUUCUGCUAAGAAGGAAGAGUCAAAAUCUAAGUACGACAGCUCCCCCUCGGAUCCACUUCUCAGUUCAGUUGAUGAAGUGGUACCAGAAACUCUGCCCGAAAAUGCUUCUGAGGCAGACCUGGAAAGUGCUUCUCCUGCACACCUGGAGAGAAAGUAUUUCGCCGUGCCUCCAGGAGAUGGCCAUCCUGAGCCCUCCACCCUGGAAGGUGCCUCCUCCUGCCCAGCCUCCUGUGGGGGUGGGGUGCUCACCACGGUCACGGUCUCUGGCCGAGACCCCAGGACUGCACCAAGCGGGUCAUGCACAGUUACAGUCCCCACAGCAGCCCACCUGGACAGCACCCACCCGAUGGAACCCCGACAAGACAUCCCGAAGCCUGCUGCAACCUCUGUGACAGUGCCCAAGUCCAUACUAGCUAAGCCGUCCUCAUCCCCCGAGCCUAGAUACCUCCUGUCAGUCCCACCGUCACCAAGCAUCAGCAUCUCAGAGUCGCGGUCCCCUCCAGAAGGAGAUACGACCCUCUUUUUGUCUCGACUCAGCACCAUUUGGAAAGGAUUUAUUAACAUGCAAAGUGUAGCGAAAUUUGUCACUAAGGCAUAUCCUGUUUCUGGAUGUUUUGAUUAUCUCAGUGAGGACCUGCCCGACACGAUUCACAUCGGUGGAAGGAUUGCGCCGAGGACAGUUUGGGAUUAUGUCGGCAAACUCAAGUCUUCUGUGUCUAAGGAGCUGUGUCUGAUCCGCUUCCAUCCCGCAACGGAGGAGGAGGAGGUGGCCUAUAUCUCUCUCUACUCCUAUUUUAGCAGCCGUGGCCGCUUCGGCGUCGUGGCUAAUAACAGCAGGCAUGUCAAGGACCUCUACCUGAUCCCACUGAGUGCGAAGGACCCUGUUCCAUCCAAACUCUUGCCCUUUGAGGGACCAGGUCUUGAGUCACCACGUCCAAACAUCAUCCUUGGGUUAGUAAUCUGUCAAAAAAUAAAACGUCCUUCAAACGCUGGAGAAUUAGACAAGAUAGAGGAGAAGCGGACCCGACUGCAGACCCAGGAAGAAAUGGAUGUUUCGGCCUAUCCCAGGGUGGCUGGAGCCCCACCAUCUGAGAAGAAGCCCCCCAAGUUUCCGCUCCCUUCUGGGGACACAGCUGUCGGCACCACCCCCCCGGGCUCGCCUCCGCCUCCGCCUCCGCCCCCCCUUCCAGAACCACCGGUCGCACCAACUUCAUCCUCAAUGUUAAAAAUACUGUCAUCCCUCAAACCAGGAGCCACGAACACUGUCAUGGCGUCAACCGCCCCAGCGACAGUUACAGUGGCCGCUUCCUCUGUCACUUCCUCUGCUCCAAAAACAGCGUCGCCCCUAGAACAUAUCCUACAGACUCUCUUUGGGAAGAAGAAAUCAUUUGACCCCCCCACCAAAGAGCCUAUGGAGUCUGCCUCAGCCUCCCCCCAAGACUCCAGAGCCAAGGCCGACGGGGGUCUGCCAGCAGCGCCUUUGCUAGACCCAAUUGUCCAGCAGUUUGGUCAGUUCUCAAAAGAGAGAGCUCUAGAGGAAGAGGAAGAUGACAGACCGUAUGACCCUGAAGAAGAGUAUGGACCGGAGCGAGCCUUCGACACUCAGGCCAGCCAGCGAGGGAGACGCCAUGAUGGGGAAAGGGCCUCUGACGCAGCCGAGCGGGAGGAGGUGGCCUAUGACCCGGAGGACGAGACGAUUUUAGAAGAAGCCAAAGUGACAAUUGAUGACCUGCCCAAUAGGAUGUGUGCAGACGCUAAAGGGAGCUCUGCGGAGAGGCCUGCCGAACAUGCUUCUGACAUCUCUACUCCCUCCUUGGUUGAGCAACAAAAAAUGAUAGAAGAACUCAAUAAACAGAUUGAGGAGCAGAAGAGACAAGUUGAGGAGCAAGAAGAAGCUCUUCGACAGCAAAGGGCCGCCGUCGGGGUCUCCAUGGCUCACUUCUCAGUUUCGGAUGCACUGAUGUCACCGCCGCCCAAGUCCUCGCUGCCCAAGGCUGAGCUGUUUCCUCAGGAGCAGCAGGCUGCAGGCAAGUCAGCUGUGCUCCCCGCCACCGCUCAGGGGGCGGGCCCGAGCUCUGACCUGCGACAGAGUCGGGACCCCCGGCAGGCCCGGCGAUUAGCCGCCGAGAGCAGCGAGAGUGAGCCGGGCUCAAAGCCCCCAGCCAGCAGUGUGCACAGCACCCCACCAGUGAGAGACGCGCCCGGAGGGGCCGCUGCUGAUCAGGGGCCUGUGCCGGCCCAGGAAGAAAAGGAUUCAGCCCCUCCGCCAUGGUCUCCAGAUGAAGAGGCUCCCCUGCCGGCCAAGCAGGACGGCCCCAAGCGUGAGCCCUCAGACGGUCCAGGCCAGCAGCCUGCAGAGAGUCCUCACCCCAUGGCAGGCGGGGAUGGGCCAUCCAGACCUGCCCGGAAGGUGCUGUUGCCCACCCCUCCAAGCACCUCCUUCCAGCCCAAUCUCCCUUUGCAGAAUGAGGGGCAAAAUUUUAAUUCUCCUGGAGGAAGAGAUCCUUUCUCAAGUCCAGUGUUUGCAUCUCAGCAAAAAUCCCUCGGCUCGUCCCAGUAUGAGGAUCCAAGAAAUGCUCAGUUUGCUGAAAAAAGUGACCAUCUGGCAGCUGACACUGAAGGAGACAGAGAGCCACAGUCCAGGCCUGGCGAGGGGGCCGCCACAUUCCCCCUACCUGGACAGAAAGGAGGGGUCCCUCCACCCCAGUUUCAGGGCCAGCGUGAGCCUGCAUCACGCACUUUUGGCAUGUCAGGGCUUCAUGGCCCCAAUUUCCCAGGACCAAGGGGGCCAGUCCCUCCAUUUGCAGAAGAGAAUAUCAUUUCUAACAACGAUGGGCCACGAGGGCCUCCGCCGGGCAGAUUCGGGGCCCAGAAGGGGCCCAUUCCUUCCCUAUUCUCAGGGCCACAUGGGCCUCCUCCCUACGGGGACAGCAGGGGGCCCUCCCCCUCUCAUCUUGGUGGGCCCAGAGGAGCAGCACCACCCCAAUUCGAAGAACGCACGGAUCCCCAUGGGGAAAAAAGGGAAUUCCAGGACACCCCCUACAAUGAGAUGGCUGGCCCUCCUGCUCAGUUUGAAGGACCAGAGCAAGCCCAGUUCAUGGGCAACAGAGGCCCAGCACCCUUCCAGUUUGGGGGCCAAAGAAGGCCUCUGUUGUCGCAGUUUAAAGGACCCCGAGGAGGACCUCCUCCCUCUCAGUUUGGAGGUCAGAGAGGACCACCCCCUGGCCAUUUUGUGGGCCCAAGGGGGCCGCAUCCCAGUCAGUUUGAAGGACCCAGAGGCCAGGCACCGAAUUUCAUGCCGGGGCCCAGGGGGCUUCAGCCUCAGCAGUUUGAGGAGCAGAGAGUCAGUUCACCGCCGAGGUUUGCAAACCAAAGGGCACCAGCACCCCUUCAGUUUGGUGGACCGAGGGGUUCUGCGCCUUUUCCUGAAAAGAAUGAGCCGGCACCUUCCCGCUUCCAUUUCCAGGGCCAGUCGGCACAAGUGAUGAAGCCCGCUCCGCGGCCCCUGCUGGAGCUCCCGAGCCACCCGCCGCCGCACAGGAAGGACAGGUGGGAUGAGGCCGGCCCGCCCUCCUCCCUGCCCGCGGGCGCCCCCGGGCAGGGGCCCGAGGCCGAGGCACAGUGGGCCUCGGCCGACUUCCGAGAGGGCAAAGGCCUGGAAUAUAGAAACCAGACUUUUGAAGGGAGGCAGAGGGAGCGGUUUGAAGCCGGACCCAAAGACAAAGCGCUGGACGAGCCUGACGCCCCGCUGCCGGAGAAUCGGCAGGGCCGGGCCUUCGAGGACCGGCGGCGGGAGCGCGAGCACGGGAAGCCCUGGGAGCGGGAGCGCGGCCGGAACUGGAGCCGGGAGCGCGACUGGGAGAGGGGCCGCGAGUGGGACAGACACCGAGACAAGGACUGCGGCCGCGAGCGGAGCGCCAACAGGGAGCGGGAGCGGGAGCGCGACCGGAGCCGGGAGCGCAGCAGGAACCGCGACCGCGACCGCAGACGGGACCGGGAGCGGUCUCGAAGCAGAGACCGGGAGCGCGACAAGGCCCGGGAGCGCGAGCGGGGCCGAGACCGCAAGGACCGCAGCAAAAGUAAGGAGAGCACCCGGGACCUGAAGGCCGAGGCCCCGCGGACCGACCCUGCUGCCCAGACCUAGGCCAGCCCGGCGCCCGCGACGGAGGCCUAGGGCCCCGGUCCCUGGCUGUGUCGUGGCCGUGGGCAGCCGUGCUCGUUAACAACCAAGCUCAUAACGUGUUGAACAAGUCGUUUUUGAAUAGCUAUGAACUUAGAUGCAGAAUAGAAUAUUCUGGACUUCAAAAGUUGUAAUUUUGUGUAUAAUGGUUUCUUACAAAAUUUUGCAUCUUUACAAUUCUGAUGCUUUUUAAAAAGAACUAAGAACUCAUUUAAUAUUUCCAUUUAAAAUUACUGAAAUGGGAAAGUGUCUACAAAAGCAUAUUGCUUUUUCAGAUUAUAAAGUUAUCUUUUCCAAUAACUUGACUAUUGUGAGUUUUAAGGGAAUUUCAGUGGACCUUAGAGCCAUAUUUUGACUGACAUCUCAUCUGUAUUUCUGUGUUCCGAAAGCUGUUCAUUCAGGUUUGACAGCUCUCCCGAGGGUGGUGGGUGUGCCAUGUGCCAUGGCUGUGGGAGAACUGUGUCAUCUCGUCCCUGGAAUGUUGAGAAACACAAAAGUUACAAAUGCUUUUUUCUUUUCUCAUGAAGAAAUUUGAAUUAGAAAUUUCGACCAGGAAACAAAACACAUUUUUUAGUUGUGUUCAGUUUUUGUAUAUCCUCUUAUACAUUUCUUUUCCGAAAAACAUGAUUAAAAGCAACAUCUGAGUAGAAAUUGUUGCAUUUUAAAUAACAAUUUAUUGAAAAAAGUUUAAAUUUUACCAGCCUAAAGAAAGAAAAUAAACUAAGUAUACUUUAAAAGGGGGGGGGGGUUCUUUGAUUUGAAUAUCAGGGACGUGUGUUUGUGGAACUUUACCAUCUGAGCAGUUCUUUCUGUGUGUCCCAGGAAAAGGUCACUCGCUCCAGACUGUUAGAUUUGUGAGAUGAUACAUUUUAAACUUUGUCAUUGAAAAUGGAACAAUAUUUGUAUAAAAUGAGAUAAAAAAUAGUGAUAUUAGUUCAAGAACUACAAGCUAGAAAGCUUUUCACUGUGAAAUACAGUGCCCUGCUCCUUGUCAUGUAUUUUUCAAGUACUUCUGAAGUGUGAAAUAGAGAAAACCUUGCUAAUUUAUUUGACUGUACAAAUACACUUUGAUAAUUUUUUUAUAUUUUCAUAAACUUACUUUUACAAAUGUAAACCUAGAGGAUUUCAUUUGUUCUUUGGGGUCUAUUAUUCCAUUCUACAUCACUACAGAUUUUCCGCUUCCUAGCACAAAUGUUUAAGUUAUGAAGAUGAGAACUUAGCAGUUUGGGAUGACUGAUUUGUAAACCAAGUGUCAGUAGGUUAAAUUACAUUAAAGUGGCGUCAAGUCCCAACAUCUAAUAUGAUGUGAAGGUUUUUUUACAUGUAAAACAAAUUUUUCUAAUUUAAAUACGUAAAUAUAAAAAUCAAGUAUGUUUCUUUAGGUUUACUUGAUAAAAAUUUCUGUAAAUUGUAUUUUAUAUUGCAAAGUAUAUCACUGUACAUUAAAACAUGGAACUUCAUAGAUUUUGUUACUUGAAGUAGAAUAAACAUCUACAGACGGUU